UCUUGGUGGUGGUUUAUAUAACUGCAAAAUUAACAUAAAUAUGAAUGUCAAAUAAGUUAACCAAUACUACAAUGAUUUCACAAAUAUGUUAUUUUGAUUCAUUCUAUGCGAAUUAAGAAAAUUACAAAAGAUAUUAGUACCGUUAAAAAGACUCAAAAUGUACCGUUUCGUACACGAUAUGGGCCUAAGCCCAUUUAAACGAUUAAAUUAUAAAUAGUAGGCCCCAUCUUCGCAUUUCUUUCGUGCGGUUGACAAUUCACAGCGACGGUUAUGCAUCUUUUAACUGUUACAAAUUCCUCUGGCUCUAACGCCGAGAAGCCGCCACAGAAGAAGAAGAAAGUGCAUGGUCCGAGGCCACUGUCGCUGUUACUACUUCCAGAUGAGUUAUCUCUGAACUGCUUAGCACGCGUGCCCCGAUGCUACCACCCGUCGGUUUCAAUGGUCUCCACAACCAUGAGGCGUCUCAUCGCUUCUCCAAAGAUUUACGUUGAAAGGUCAUUUCUCCGCCGCACGGAGAACGUCCUCUACGUCGCGAUUCGAUCUUGCGUUACAGAAACCCCUCGAUGGUACACUCUCAAUCUCAAACCUUUUGGACAACAAGAGUCUGGAGUAGUUAACCAUAGUUUGGUUCCUGUCCCGUCGUUCCCUGCGGUUCCUCCCUGGGGAAUGUCCAUCGUCACCGUCGGUUCGGAGAUUUACGUCAUCGGUGGAUGCGUCAACGACAAGAUGGUCUCCACUGUGUUCGUCAUCGACUGUCCAUCUUACACACGUCGCUUCCUCCCUAGAAUGAAGCAAGCACGCGCCUGCUCAGCAGCGGGAAUCGUCGGCGGGAAGUUGUACGUGAUCGGAGGGUGUAACCCUCGGUCGUCGAACUGGGUGGAGGCUUUUGAUCUAAAGACUCAGACAUGGGAGACAGUGACGGUUGUGCAUAACUUGGAGGUGUAUGAGAAAAUGAUCAGGAGUUUCGUGAUGGAUGGUAAGAUUUGCAUCAUGGAUCGAAAGAGUAGCUUUGCUUACGAUCCGAAAGAAGGAAGGUUGGAGAGGGACCCGUUGUUGAACGGACAGUGGAGUGUGGGUUCUUGCGUUAUUGAUGACAAGUUGUACGCGUUUGGUCGGAGGAAUACGAUAAUGGAGUUUGAUCCAGUGGCGAGGUUUUGGAGUCAAGUGAGGGGUCUUGAAGAUCUUCCUGAUAAGACUGAAGGUUCUAAAAUGGUGAAUUAUGGUGGCAAACUUGUUAUUUUGGUUAACCUUCAACGGCGUUCGACGGAGAUUUGGUAUACGGAGAUUGAGUUGGAAAGGAGGGAAGGAGGAGAGGUUUGGGGGACGGUCUUGUGGUCUAAUCGUGUGCUGGCUUUUGAAGAUUCAUAUGUUAUUUUACGAUCUCUAGCUGUGUCAUUUUGAAAAUGUGUAGGAGCAGCGUGGUCUUAUAUCAAGAUGAAGAUUUAAGGCUGUAAACUAUUUUGGAUGUUGAAUUUUCUUGCCUUUGUUUCUUUGUUGUACUAAUCUUUGGAAGUUGUUUUAUUUAUUUAUGAAUAAGCUAUGUGACAUUAUCGACCAAA